GUGAAAGUUGAAACAGUUAUCGUUGUUAUCUAAUCCUCCUCUUCUUCUCUCUGCUUGAUUUGGAGAUCGAUGGCAAUGGCAGCAAGAGUUGUCACUGUUUCUCAUGCCUGGACAUCAUCAACUCAGAGAAAAAGACAAUAUUGUCCUCUGCAUAUUCAUAGUCCCAGAACCUCCUUAUCUUUAGGUUUCAAUCGAUCCCAAUCUCGACUCCGAUACAAUGGUUUCGCUGUUGUAGCGUGUGUUACUUCUCCUUCUUCAUCGCCAAAGACUACUUUCAAUCCCUCUGCCAAGCUCUAUGUCAGCGGUCUCUCAUUCCGUACUACUGAAGAGAGCUUGAGAAAUGCUUUUCAAAACUUUGGCCAACUCAUUGAAGUGAAUCUGGUGAUGGAUAGAAUAGCGAAUAGACCAAGGGGCUUUGCUUUCCUGCGUUAUGCGUCCGAAGAGGAAUCUAAGAAAGCCAUUGAGGGAAUGCAUGGGAAGUUUCUGGAUGGCAGGGUAAUAUUUGUUGAGGUUGCAAAGCCCAGAUCUGAGCUCCGCCAAGGCUAUAAGCAAAACACAAGACAGUAUUGAUGAGCUAGAUACACCAUUGUCUAGCAUUUAGAUUGAAUGCGAUGGAGUGCAAAGAUAAAGCCUUGCUCCCAAGGAUCACGUUGUUAGACAUGUAAACUAAUUUUUGUAAAUCUCUCUCUAAAAUGAGUACUGUUAUUAUGUAUUGCUUAUCAAAAUGAACUGCUAAUUAGGAUCCUCUCGUGCAACAGUUUAAUAUUGUUGAGAUAUAUAUACUGCACGGUUCUGUAUCACUAUAUUAUGACUAUCUUUUAAUGAGAGGUUAUGGAUGGAGAGGUGUACCAGGCUUUAUCAA